AUGGACCAUCUCAUCCUUCCCGAUGGAGUAUCACCGUACAUUGUCGUGCCUUACAAAUGCACAGAGAGCUAUGACGGAGGUGACUUCUUCACUUACCCAGAGCGCAAGGGCUGGGCCAGAGACAUCGAAGAUUACGACUUCAGUCGACGAACUCCUGCCGAAUUAAAUGCAUUCUUUCAAGCAUGGCUAUUUUUUGGAUGCCUUACGGAAAUCCUGAAAGCUGGCGGGUUGCAGGUUGAUACGAACGACUUUAUAGACACGAAGUCGAAUACGGUCACCACACAAAGGCUUCCACAGCUAAUCGUUCAGUGGAAAUCGCUCUGGCCCACGUCCAAGGACGUUACGGAGGCAUGUCAAUGCAAAACUACGCAAAAUUAUGCACCAGACCAAAGAUGCGGUCACGAGCGAUGCUGGCACUCUGUCGUACGCGAUCGUAACUCCAAUGCUCUUCGCUUUACCCGCUUGAUCCUCCGCGAGAGAUCGCUCUGUCUAUCUCCGCUCUUGGAUCUGCGCUCCUUAAUGCUUCCCAAUAUCGUGUAUGAAUGUCUCCUUCCUCGCGUGGAGUGGGGAGGUUAUGCAAUAAUGAGGGGUCGUCUUCGACAAGCGAACUGGUGUCCAUCGCGCAUAGUGGCAACUAUGCUUCCAUUAGGCAUCGAAGGCCGAUACUACUGCGCUGCAAACCCGGUGAAGGAGACCGGUGAUCAUUCAAAAUGCAGCACUAGGAGAUGCGUUGCACAGGGUGUCGAUGAGGACCAUUACCCUACAAGGCAUGUCCCAGGUUGUUCUUGCGAGAGUACCGGAGUUCCGCUGGAGGAACUGCUAGAUAUCAUUCGGAAGGAUGAUGAGGGCCACACACCGGUCGUGACCUGGGUGGAAGGAACCGACGGAUUGCCAGGUCGAGCAGUGAUCACCGAUGCGUCGGCUGUGAACAUAUUGCCCAACUCUAACAUUUGCAAAUACGUCGCGAUUUCACAUGUGUGGUCUGAAGGACUAGGAAAUCCGACCGGAAAUACACUUCCCAUCUGCCAGGUAUCGCGAAUCCAAAAGAUGGUUGACGAGCUCCUUCCGGAUCGUGGCGUUGACCAGCAUGUUCCAUUUUGGAUGGAUACUUUGUGCGUUCCGGUAGGCGACAGCUUGAAGGAGUACCGCAAGAAGUGUAUCAUCAGAAUGCGGACAAUAUACCAGGAAGCGGAAGCAGUCCUUGUUCUUGAUGUGGGGAUGCAGGAAGUCUCUUCCUCAGCGUCGAUCCUCAACCGUACCCUUGCAGUUUUUCAAUCAGCGUGGUGGCGGAGACUCUGGACAUACCAAGAGGGCAUCCUCGCCAAUCGUCUCUACCUUCGGCUCAGCGACGGAGUACAAGAUAUGAAUGCAAUGGGUGGAGAGCUGACGAAUCACUUCACGGAACUGGGACAGCGUGGUUAUACCUGCACUGAGAUCUUUUCUUUGGACACUUCGGUGUACUUCGGCAAAGGGAAAUGGUUCUCCGACUAUGAACACAAGCGUGACAUGUACUAUAUGCCAAUAAGCGGAGCCCUUUCAAACCGAAGGACAAUGAAAGGCUCUGACGAAACUCUGUGUUUGUCCACAGUUUUAGGCAUCCAUCCGGCGCCCUUUCUGAGGAUCGAAGGGCGGAUGCCUUUUCUGCUCCACCAACUUAUCGACCGCAGGAUGGAAUUGUUCCUCCACUACAUCCGGAAAUUUGCUCGUGGAAUCAUUUUCAACAGUUUACCGCGUCUGAAAAGGGAUGGUUAUCGAUGGGCACCUCGUUCGUUGCUA